AUGAGAGAUUUUGCAAUUCGGCUUGGAAUUUUUUAUUUCCUAUUUCAUUCUCGGUUUCUUUAUGAAUCACUACUCCUUCUCCCGCCAUGGAUGAAAAACAAAAAACAUCAAGUUUGUCUAAUUCACAAUCUACGAAAAAAGGGCGGCGAACAGCUGAUUGGAGGGCGGUGGCGUGAUAUGGCAUUGCUUGAACUUUUAGAUCAAGUUGAAGAUGCAAUCGGUGUUGAUAGUGAUACAAUAUGUGAUAAAGCCACUCAUUCCUUUAAAUCACAAGUUGGAAUCGCUAACGAUCUCCCUGUCAGAGUCAACCAUACAGUUGAAAGGACUAAAUCACAUAUACCUAAAGACAUUGGUGUUUUCUCCAAUUAUAAUUAUUUGGUUUUGGAGGUAUCUGAAAAAUUGCAACCUGCUGAUUCUUCUGCUGCUAAAUGCCCGUACAAGGUGCUUCGUUUACUAAAUGAACAAACUGGAGAAGAGCGAGCUGUAAACUUGUGGGAUGAAUGGUCUUACAGUGUAAUUUCACCUGGAGAUACUGUGAACGUAAUUGGUCAAUUUGAUGAAGGGGGAAAUUGUGAUAUUGAUCAUGAUAAUAAUUUUUUGAUUGUACACCCAGAUAUUCUUGUGUCUGGAACACGGGUUGCUGGCAGUUUUAGUUGCCCAAGGAGAGCUGUCUUAGAUGAGAGGCUAAAAUCCAAUGAGUACUCAAUUGCAGCUUUAUGUGGAACCUUGCUUCACCAAAUUUUUCAGGCUGGGCUUACAAGUAACAAUCCCACAAUAAACUUCUUGGAAUGUUACACAGAAGUAGUUUUGCAGAAAAAUAUUGAAAGUUUAUUUGCAUGUGGAGUAAAUGAAAAGGAUGUUCACAAAACCUUGAUUGAUGGUAUCCCUAAAAUAUACAAUUGGAUCAUGCUGUUCAGAAAUAUGGAGGAAAGAGAAGACCCUAAUGUUGACUUUGGAUGUGUUAAUGGAAUGAAGAAAGUUGGCAUAUCUGAGGUAAUAGAUAUUGAAGAAAUGGCAUGGGCACCAAAAUAUGGUUUGAAAGGGAUUGUUGAUGCUUCGGUUAGAGUGAUGGUCCAAUCAAGAAAAGAUAAACCAGAGGAAAAGAUCAUGCCAGUAGAGUUCAAAACGGGAAAAUCAACUAAUAGCCAGUCAUCAGUAGAACAUAACGCCCAAGUCAUUUUGUACACUCUCCUGAUGUCUGAAAGGUACCAGAAGACCAUUGAUUCUGGCCUUCUAUAUUAUCUCCAAACAGAUCAUACACAGGGCAUUAUGGUUCAAAGAUCUGACUUAGUUGGGUUAAUAAUACGGCGUAAUGAGCUAGCAAGUGAUAUUUUGAAGGCAUUACUCUUGCAACAACUUCCACCAGUGUUACAGAGUCCUAGCAUGUGCAGAGGUUGUCGCCAUCUUAAUGUCUGUAGCAUUUUUCAUAAGGCACAUAGUGGAGGAGUAGAGAGCAAAGGAUUGGGAGAUGUUUUUGAUUCCCAUACUAGUCACUUGACAUCAUCUCAUUCUAAGUUCCUCUGCCAUUGGGAUCAUUUGAUUGAUUUAGAAGCUAAAGGGAUUGAGUAUUUGAAGAAAGAGGUGUGGCGAUCAUAUAAUUUGAGGACUCGAAACGCUGGUGGUCUUUCUUCUAUUGUUAUUGAUGCUUCACAAGGAAUACCUUAUUCGAAAUCUCACGAAGAUAAUCGUUUCGUUUAUCGUUUUGUUCCACAAGAUAGUUCUUGCCCCGCUAUAAUUUCUGAUGGCGAUCCUUCUAGUGCUUCUUUGAAAACUGAUUUAGAUCUCACACUGAGAAGUGGCGACCACGUGAUAUUGAGUAAUGAAUCAAGUCAUCAAACUAUUGCAAGAGGGGUGAUUUCAGAUAUUAGCCAGAAUCAUAUAUCUGUUUCCUUUUCCAAGCUCUUAAGAAUUCCUGGGAUGUCUUCCACGGCACAUGAUCUCCUUCAGCAGGUUUGGAGAAUCGACAAGGAUGAAGCUGUGACUUCGUUUGCAAUUAUGAGGUUUAAUCUAGUACAACUUUUUCUACAAAAUGAUCAAAGUGCUCAUCUCCGGAGAAUGAUUGUAGACCUUGAGGCUCCUAGAUUUGACAGUGGUUCUAUAGUUAGCCAGGAUCCAGCAAUAUCAUACGUUUGGUCUGAGAAGAGUUUGAAUGAUGAUCAACGUAGAGCAAUUCUCAAGAUACUCACGGCAAAAGAUUAUGCGCUUAUAUUAGGGAUGCCAGGAACGGGGAAGACAUCCACGAUGGUCCAUGCUGUGAAAGCCUUGUUGAUUAGAGGCACAUCCAUUUUGCUUACAGCCUAUACGAAUUCUGCAGUUGAUAAUUUACUAAUCAAAUUAAAAGCACAGGGAAUUGAUUUUGUACGUGUUGGAAGACAUGAAGCAGUGAAUGAAGAGGUCAGAGGGCACUGCCUAUCAGAAACAAACGUACAGAGUGUUGAAGAUAUCAAAAUAAGGUUAGAACAAGCCAAAGUUGUUGCAGUUACUUGUUUGGGCAUUUCUAGUCCCUUGCUUGCCAACAAGAGAUUUGAUGUAUGCAUUAUGGAUGAAGCCGGGCAGACAACUCUGCCGGUGUCUUUGGGCCCUCUAAGAUUUGCUUCAACGUUUGUUCUUGUUGGGGAUCAUUAUCAACUGCCACCACUUGUCCAAAGCACAGAGGCCCGAGAGAAUGGCAUGGGGAUGAGUUUGUUUUGUAGGCUUUCAGAAGCUCAUCCACAGGCAAUUUCAGCUUUGCAGAGUCAGGGUAUUAUGGAGUUGUCAAAUGCCUUGAUAUAUGGUGACAGAUUGAGGUGUGGUUCAAUUGAGAUAGCUAAUGCCAAACUUGAGUUUUCUGGUUUAAACUGCUGUUUUCCUUGGCUAGAAGAUGUUUUGAAUCCUGGAAGGCCAGUGAUAUUUAUUGAUACUGAUAUGUUGCCUGCCUUAGAGGAAAGAGAUCAGAAAAUUGUAAAUAACCCUAUUGAAGCUCACAUAAUAGCUGAGGUUGCAAAGGAAUUGGUAAAAAAUGGAAUUGGAGGAGAGCACAUUGGCAUUAUUACUCCAUAUAAUUCACAGGCAAACCUCAUCCGGAGUGCUGUUUGCAUAACAUCCUUGGAAAUACAUACCAUUGACAAAUACCAGGGUAGAGAUAAGGACUGUAUAUUAGUAUCUUUUGUACGGUCAUGUGAGAAUCCAACAAGCUGUGUGGCUUCUCUACUUGGUGACUGGCACAGAAUAAAUGUGGCUCUUACUCGUGCUAAGAGAAAGUUGAUCAUGGUGGGAUCUCGUAAAACUUUGUUGAAGGUUCCACUACUUAAGCUUCUCAUUAAGAAAGUUGAGGAGCAAUCUGGAAUUUUAAGUGUGUCUAAGAAGGAUAUCUAUCAAAAAGGGGAGCUCAUUCGAUGUUCCCAAAUGAGAUGAGUGAAAAUUCUUUUCCCCAUUUUAAGAGGGGGUUGUGCAGUUAUUGUUAUCUUCCAAAGUUGUAAAUCUGUACAUCCAAAUUUUGUGGUUAAUUUAUAAGUAGUGUAUAGGUGAUUUUUCACUUUUGUUUUAGUAUUCCAGAAGAAAACUAUUAUCGGUUAUUUAAUAAAGAAAAUGGUAAACUUUUGUCAUCGACGUAAUUAAACAUGUGGUUAUCUAUGUUGAUCUCAUAUUAAUGUUAUUUUUUUGACGAUAAA